UGACGGGGUUGAUAUUGCUAUGGAUGAUACGCCUUCGUCGCCUAACUUGAGCCCAGUUGCUCGGGUGGGCUUUGUUGUGGAUGAAGAGCAGUCGCCAGCUGUGAAUCCAGGUAGUCUGGAGGACUUUGCCGUGGAUGACAAGCGGCCCAAACCAUCUCGAUCUCGGCGCCAGUCGCGCGGGAAAUCGCAGGGCAAAUCGCGCAGGCGGACAAGAACCUAUUCCCCCUCGGCGGAUGAGAGGUUUGACUCGCCUUCGGACAGCGAGAAUGACGAGAGUCUUGAUGAGUUCGAGAUGUAUCGCAUCAAGCCCCAAGAGAAGACGGGGAUCGUGUUUGACUUUUCGUCUGAACGAGCUGCGCGCUGGGCAACGGCCAUCAAUCUGCCCGAAGGCCUGUACAACAGUGAAGAGCAGGACCUUUUCUUCCGGCUCGCUAUGCGUGGCUUUGAGCCGCUCGUGCCCCAGCUCUGGCGACACGACUUCCCGACGCUGCCGGAAUCGUUGUAUCCACCGACCUCGGCCCCUUCUUUCCGACCUCUUUUUCAGGUUCGCAGAAGCUCCAAUCUGUAUGCCACCAAAGCCCUAGCCAACCUGUUCAAUGUCGGGGGCUGCGUCCGGGACUGCGACAUCUUGGGCCAACGACCCGAGAAAGUGAUCAAGGCCGCCAUCAAGCAGUACUUCCGCUGGGCGCUGUUCGAUGCCGAUCUCCACACCACUGACGACUCGAUCCCCGUGUAUGCGGUCUACGCGCAGAGGAAAGGCGAGACGACGCUCCAGGCCGUGCGGCGCCUCAACCGCCGCCUGCGCUAUCUGACCUCGAAGUACCACAAGGCUCUCGGGCUGACUCAGGGGCCGACGCAGACUGAGGCGCCGACCCCGCGCAGCUUCCCGCUGCUCAUGGGGUUCAUCAUCUGCGGUCCCAUCGUCGCGAUCGUGACGCACAGCACGGAUCCCCAGGAGGCCGAGGCCAGCUUCGAUGGCAAGUUCAUCUCGCAGUUUGACCUGUCGGAGCGGGGCCAGGACGUGUGGAACUCACUGGCCAUUGCGAUUGCGGUGAUGCAUACGCGGCGGACGAUGAUCGGGUUGGCGGAGAAGGGGCUGGGCGGGUUUACUUUCUUCGAUACGGCGCAGCCGGCGUCGGAUCGGGAUUUGUAGUUUGCGUUUGAUACUUAUGGUGUGCUGUUCAAGGGGUGGUUUGCGCUCUCAAGUGGUGUUGUUCUGAGGGUUUCAUUCUUCUACAUGUUUUAUUCCUGGUUUGGUGCUUUAUCUGGAAGGGGAGAUGGGUUGUCGUCUGAUAGUUAUUUCGACUGUAUCUUUAGGGAUAUUCUAUCUUAUUU